AUGGAACGUGCGGCAGAGCCAAUGAUGGCCUAUGCUGUACUCCUGACCUGGGGCAGUGCUGCAGUAAAUAUGGCUUCUGCGGCAGCAAUGCAUCCUAUUGCGGACCUGGGUGCCAGUCACUGUAUGGAAACUGCAGUGUGGGAGAGCCGAACCCUCGGGGUCAACAGCCUAUUUCAGAUGGGGCAUGCGGAGGCAAUACUGGGAGGAAUUGUGAGACUGGAGAAUGCUGUGGCCCAUAUGGAUACUGUGGUACAAACUCUUCGUACUGUGGCAGUGGAUGUCAGCCGCAGUACGGAAACUGCACCUCUUCUCCUGGCGCCUUUAUGGAGGGAGCAUGUGGGGGCGAUAGCAACCAGAAUUGUGGUCCGGGACACUGCUGCAGUCAAUAUGGUUAUUGCGGGACCGGACACUCGUAUUGCGGUGCAGGAUGUCAAUUUGGCAACUGCAGCUCUACCAGCCAGCCGGUCAGCGCUAUGUCGACUUGUAUGCUUACCUCGUCUCCGUACAGAGUUCCAAGCUGACAAGCCUCAGCACUUUGCACAUGCUACAUGACUUUGCGGCCGCCGAACGACACCUUGACAACGACGAUUCCUUCCACAACAACUGUGUGGACGAGAUCUCCCUCGACACCUUCAGACUCUUCAACGACUUCUUCAACUACAUCCCCCUCCACAACGGUGCUACACGGCUCCAAUUCUUCGAGCACAUCACCUUCCAUCAGCGAUUCAACAACCUCGUCGACUAUAUCCACAUCCUCAAACUCUUCCAGUUCGACAAGCUCUACGGCAACAGUUUCAACAAAUACCUCCUCUUACACGAUUAG